CUGCGUUGAUCCCAGACACGUUCAGACGAACAGCGACAUUCAACAUGGCAGAAGAAGCACCCGCAGCAGCACCGGCGAAAGCCCCGGCAAAAGCCCCGAAGAAGAAGAGCGCUCCCCGGCCCAAGAAGGAUGGACCCAGCCUCCCGAAGCUCAUCGUGGCCGCCGUGGCCGAGUCCAAGGAGCGCAAGGGAACCUCCCUGGCGGCUCUGAAGAAGGUCCUGGCCGGGAAAGGCGUCGAUGUGACCAAGGCGAACAAGCGCAUCAACACCGCCGUCACCAAGCUGGUCACCGCCGGUACCCUGGCUCAGACUAAGGGCACCGGGGCCUCCGGCUCCUUCAAGCUCGCCAAGAAAGAGCCCAAAGCCGCCGCUAAGCCCGCAAAGAAGGUGGUGAAGAAGAAGGCAGCCACCAAAGUUAAGAAGCCCGCUGCCGUCAAGAAGACCGCACCGGCCAAGAAGACACCUGUUAAGAAAGCAGCCGUCAAGAAGUCGCCCAAGAAGAAGGCAGCGGCCAAGAAACCCGCCGCCGCAAAGAAGGUGGUGAAGAAGAGCCCGAAAAAGGCCGCGGUCAAGAAGCCAAAGGCAGCGAAGAAGACUCCGGUCAAGAAAGCGCCAGCAAAGAAGACCGCAGCCAAGAAGGCCAAGAAGUAAAGCUCUCGUCCCGGGAACUAACAACAACACAAAGGCUCUUUUAAGAGCCACCACAUCCUCCAGUAAAGAGCUCUCUGCCUCACACAUCACACCAGAUAAAAUGAAUAAAUAUUGAAUGGUGAAGGGGUAAAUAAUGGAAA